CCCAGUCAAAUUUCUUCUCGACAAUUUUAUCCCAGACUAAGGUGAAUUGAGUGACAGCUUUGGUACAUUCAACAGAUCUGAUCAACAUGUACGGGUUUAGCAAACAGAAGUCUGGGAUAGGUAGCAACAUGAUCCAGAGUUACAUGGAGAAACAACUAGACACACUACACACUUCCAGUGCCAAGUCUGUGACCAACUACAAGGACAAGGUCAUAUCAUUCCUUGUCGGAGCGUUUACACUCAUAGUGCUGCCAUAUUUCCAUAUAGGUAUUUACCACUUGAAGAUAUGGGUACCAGACAAGCCAAGAGUUCCUAAAAAUAACUGCACUUGUACUUGUUUUGACACUGUGUUUAGAGGACAGUACGAGAACCCAGGUAUGACGAGGUACAAACAUGUAUACUUCAACGCAACAUGGCAAACGUUUCGUAUCUGGAUAUUUACUAUUGUGUUUGUAUUGUUGGCAUAUGAAAGCAUCAAGUAUGUUAUACCUCUGGUACGAAGACAGAAAGUGAGAAUAUCAAUGUUUGCCUUAUACAUCCUGAAUAUCUACCCACAUUACUACUCUUGGUGGAGUUACUUCAGUUACUACAAUGAAGAUUUCUACCGUUACUUCAAGCAUCACAUGUGGUUCACCAUAACGGAGAUAAUCACCACAUGUAUCGUCCUCAACCUGUGUGACAAACGUAACGAGAUCGUCUCCUGGAAAAUACUUGCCAUUGUCAGCAUAAAUGUUAUGCAUAUUUUUGUUGGUGGUAUGGACCAGUUUAUAGCAGAUGUGAUUUAUGGACAAGGGGCAGCAUUCCACAAAGCGAGAAAUAUUGCCUUGAUGAUUCCGGACUGUCUACAUGUUAUAAUACCGGCAUGGGAACUGUACAAGUUUGCUCAACGGAAAGAACUCAAGAUCAAUGAGAUAUGCUACAAGGAGGAGAUAUUUCUUUGUGUUAUAUUUAUUUCCAUGGGAACCCUUGUUGGAAGAUUACUUUAAUAAUGUUUGCUGAAUUGAAUCAGUUUUCAACUUUACAGAUCUACUCAAGAAUCUCGAGAUUUUAUGGCAUAAAACAAUGACCAAAUGCCAAAGAAGUUCAGCCAUGAAUUGACAACAUUAUAUGGAAAUCUUUAGAAAGUGCUUACAGUUGUACAUGUAUAUGGCGAUGGUUGUCAGGGAUUAGCAAUACUAUGAUGAAAUGUGUACUCUGAGUUUAAACAAUGUAUUUUGUAGUCAUUUUUAUACUGUUUUGUAUGUUUGAAUGUAGGACAAAGUCCUCUGCUUAAUUUGACGAAGGCAGACAAACUCCCCCUGCUGUAAAGGUGGUUAAUCAGAUUUUGGUCAGCUAAUGGAUUUGUUCAAAACAUAACCAACUCAUCAUUAUGUCUUCCCCAGGGGGUAGACAUAUUGCUUUUGCAAUGUCUGUCUGUCCUUCCGUCUGUCAGACUUCAUUUCCGAUCAAUAACUGGAGAACUGUUUCACCUAGAACCUUCAAACUUCAUGUGAUAGGAUUUACGGACUAGAUGGCCCCUGUAGUUCUUGGGGUCACCCCAUCAAAGGUCAGUGUUACAGAGGCCUGAACAUGGAAAACCGAUUCCGAUCAAUAACUUGAGAACCACAUGACUCAGAAUGAUAAAACUUCAUAGGAUGAUUGGACGUGCAGAAUUGAUGACCCCCAUUGAUUUCGGGGUUACUCCACCAAAGGUCAAGGCCACAGGGGCCAGAAUCCAUCACACUUCAUUUCCGAUCAAUAACUGAACAACCAUUUGACAUAGAACCUUCAAACUUCAUAGAAUGAUAGGGCUUACAUAGUAGAUGACCCAGUUUUUUUUUAGGAGAGUCAUUCCAUCAAAGGUCAAAGUCAUGGAAAACUGUUUCGGAUCAAUAACUUCAGAAACAUUUUACCCAGAAUGUUUAAACUUCAUAGGAUGAUUGGACAUACAGAAUAGAUGACCCCUAUUGAUAUUUGGGUCACUCGAUUAAAGAUCAAGGUCACAGUGGCUAGAACAUGGAAAAUCAUUUCCAAUCCAUAACUUGAAAACCACUUGAACCAGAAAAUUGAAACUUCAUGGGAUAAUUGGACAUGACAAGUAGAUUAACCCUAUUGUAUUUCAGUCUAUAAGCCAACCAUCAGUGUCUCCUUGAUUUCCGCUCAUGUCCUCUAUUGACUUCUUGCCUGUUACUACUGUGCUUUGGGGGAGACAUAUGCGCUUUUCUACAAAAACAUCUUCUAGUUUACACUUAUUUGUGUUCACCAAGUUCUUGAUACAAGUCAGAUCUUUACUGGAAGUAUUUUGUAAAUUUGAUUUACCUAUCCUGGUUGCCAAACUCAGAUAAUGUUAUUUAGCAUAAGUAUAAAAUUAGAUAACAAUAUUUUGCCUAAGGAAUGAUAUGAAUAUAAGCACUAUUGUAUUAAAGUUGUCAAAGAUUUGCAUUGACAAGUACAUAUUCUGCAGAAAUUAAUCAGAAAUGCAAGUUGAUAAAAUUUCAGUUACAUCCCUUUGUCCAUCUUGGUUUCACAUGAAAAUAGGUGAAUUCCAAAGCUACAUGCUAUUUAAAAAAUUGCCUUUUGUUUCAGGUAGUUGAAAUAUUCCAAUAUUUGUCAAUGUAAAACUAGAAAUCAUAUUGAAAUCAAAAGAAACAGUCCACUUUUUAAGUUUUUUAUGUUAAAGGUAGGUUAUUACAAAAAGUAAUAAAAUAUACCUUUCCAAUAGGUAUCUAACUCUAUGUAAAGGCUCUUCUAGUUCCUUAAAUAAAUCUCUAAUAGAAUCUAUGAAAAUUGAAAAAUGUCAUAAAGUGUCCCUCAAAUGUGAUUGACCACCUUUAAGAUGUAAAAUUUAUCAAUAUAAAUUGAAAAAUGACAAGUUUUAAGGUGAUUUUUAAUUGUAAUUAAAUAAUAUAUGAGCCGUGCCAUGAGAAAACCAACAUAGUG